AUGGUGCUUGGACAAGGACAGACAAUCAACUCGGCCAAUUUCCUUCUGAUCCAGGCAGUAGACCAGGUACGGCAGUUAGAGGAUGAGCAAUGCUUGCAGAUUUACCUAGAGAAAAUGCAGAAUCUCUUCACUGGUCAGAGUUUCGACCUCUACUGGACACAGCAGGGGAAGUGUCCCUCUCAUGAAGAAUAUAUGGAGAUUAUCCGACAGAAGACCAGUGGCUUACUCCGCCUGCUUGCUCGACUAAUAAUACAAAAAGCCUCAGCUCUGCACCACCGAAACAUUCCCUUGGAAUCCCUUACGAUAAAACUCGGUGAAUACUUCCAAAUCCGCGAUGACUACAAAAGCCUAACUGAGACAUACACCGGUCAAAAAGGCUUCUGUGAAGAUCUCGACGGAGGCAAAUUCUCCUUCCCACUGAUUCAUGCUCUAACCUCCCUGCCAAAAGACUUUCAACUUCAUGCUCUCCUACAGCAAUCACGGGAUGCUAAAGGUCUUGAUGUACCCCAAAAGCAUAUGGAGUAUAUCGUUAGGACAUUACAGGGCCUUAUGGGGGAGAUUACGGACCAGAUUAGGUUGAUUGGGAACGAUAAGAAAUGUCCGAAUUGGGUUUUGAGACUUUUGGUUCAUAGACUCGCUGUUUGA